CAUUUUUCCCCAACAUUUUUUAGUUUUCUUUAUCCUCAUUUUUAAUGACAGACCAAUUACUUAAACUAUAAAAUGGACACGGAUGGGUCAAAUACAUACUAAUAUAUUAAUAGAAUCCUGGCCUUUGAAUGUCAAAAGAUUCUCACUUUGGGACAUGAUAGGGAGUUUUAUACUACUAGAAAACAGAGAUGAUCCGAAAAUAAUCAUAUCAACAAGUGUUCCUGAUUCUCUCAAAGGGUGCAUCAGUAAUGAAUUUCAUAACAUAUUUUGCAGUUGAGUGACUUGUUUAUCUCAAUGAUGCUUAAUUACAACCAUCAGCACAGAAAAUGAACAUUGAACAGAUCUAACAUUCCUCUCCUGUCCGCUCGCUGCCACCGCUCCUAAUGUUUGAGGAUUGCAGGAAAUCAAUGAGUGCAAAUGAGUCUCAAACAAAAAAUUAGGUUGACUCAAAAAAAUAUAUUUACUGAUCAGCACUAAAUGAUCCAAAACAUGUGUCAAAAACAAACAAGCAAAACCCCCAAAAUAUUUAAUGGUUUAGAUAUUUAUAUACAUAAUAUCUGUUGCCCGCUCUUUAUGCCACUAUGUUGAAUUAAGAGAUACGCAUGAUGAUGCUCGGUACUGAGUAUCAAUGGUUGCCAAGCCACAGUUGACCAGGUGACAGCCACUGAGGUUCCAAAUAAAAGUGUCUGUUGAUUCACUCCUGGUCUGGGGUCGGAGGGCGGUUUGUGUUGCAGAAGGUAAUGACGGCUGCUGCCUCAUUGUGUAUUUCAGUUAUUAGAAGCUGUGUUUAUCUAAAUGUAUCUUAGAUAAAUAGCAGUUACAUUAUGUUGUGAGAAGAAUGUAUCCUUCAUUUGCUGUAGCAGCUCAUCAAAGAGUUCUCACUUAGUGGAGGAUACCUUGUGUUCAGAAAGAAAUCAUCUAGUCUUGUACUGAGAACAAAACUUUACACUUGCUUAUCUUCAAGCUGUUUUAAAGAGUCGGUUCACCCACAUUAUAGAUAUAGUUUUAGUUGUAUUUGCCUUGGCUCUGUUUCUGCCUUCACUCUAAUACAUCGGAGGUGAAUGGAAUUUGAAAACCUGACAUUUAAAAAAUUAAACAGCAAUGUAUCUGUCCUAGAAGAGGGGUUCCUCCUCUGUUGCUCUUCCUGAGGCUUCUUUUCUCCUAAAAAGUUUUUUUUGGGGGAGUUUUUCUUUAUCCGAAUCGAGGGUCUAAGGAUAGAGGAAGUUGUAUGCGAUAGAGACUGUAAAACCACUUGAGGCAAAUUUCUGAUAUUGGGCUAUAAAAAUAAAACUGACUUGACCCUUGACUUGUCCCUGUUACUCUGGAUUGACACACACUCCCAACAGUCUUCUUUUUUAGAAGUUACUUCCAGGGGAAACGGUUCAUAGCCUAACUGGGACAUUGUUCCUGCGAACACUGUUUCUGGGACAUUUUUGAAAUCUCUAAAUGCCAUUUUUUGUAAUUUAGGUGAACCAACCCUUUAACCAACCCUUCAUACCUGUAAAACAAAUUAAGAAUAACAACAGUUCAGAGUAACAAUGUGUGUCAAAUAACAACGUGUCAUUGUCUAUUUUAUAUUCACUGUGGUAACUUCAUUCAGUCAUUUAUAGAGUCAUAGUGAAAUCAUGUUGCUUUUCUGUAACUGUAACUCUGUAUAACUAUAACUGUGGGCAGUGCAGUUGUUAUCCACACAAAAGUCUUUGUUGCUAUGUGACAGAUGAGAUAUGGAAAACCAGACUUUCGGUGAAGAUAUCUUAAUCCUGGAGGGGUUAAAGGUCACCCCCCAGUCCUUCAUUCCCGCCUUUAUCCUCCUUCUCCUCAUCUACAUCUUCAUCAUGGUGUCCAACAUCGGCCUGGUAGUCCUGAUCACCAUGGAGAGGAGCCUCCACCAGCCCAUGUAUCUGCUCCUCUGCAACAUGAGCAUUAAUGAUGUUUUUGGGGCCACGAUAAUUAUACCUCAUGUACUCAGAGAUCUUUUAAUAUCAAACUUAGAGCGGCACAUUCAUUAUAUCGAUUGUGCCAUUCAGGCCUUCUGUGUUCAUCUCCAUGCAAGCGCCUCUCACACUGUACUCAUGAUCAUGGCCUUCGACCGCUACGUGGCCAUCUGCAACCCCCUGCGUUACGCCACCAUCAUGACCAGCAGGAUGGUGGUGAAGCUGUCGGUGUCGGCCUGGAUGGUGGUUUUAUUGAUGGUGUCGAUCCUCGUGGGCCUCAGCGUCUGCUUGUCACGCUGCAGGGCAGUUAUUUUCAACCCGUUCUGCGAUAACGCCUCCUUGUUCAAGCUGUCCUGUGAAAGUGUCCUCAUCAAUAACAUCUAUGGCCUCAGCUUCACAGUGGUCCUGCUGGGCUCCUCCAUCGGCAGCGUCACUCUCACCUACCUGAAAAUUGCUGCAGUGUGUGUGCUCAGUAAAAACAAGGUGCUGAACAGCCGGGCGUUGCAAACCUGUGCCACCCACCUGGCUGUGUACAUCAUCCUGCUGGUGUCCGGCUUCAUUAUUGUGAUCCUGCACCGUUUCCCUCAGCUGUCAGACCACAGGAAAGUGGCGGCUGUCCUGGGACAUGUUGCCUUGCCUGCCCUGAAUGCUGUUAUCUAUGGGUUGCAAAUUAAAGAGGUCAGGCAGAGGAUUAUUGCUUUGUUCCAUAAAAAUAAAGUAGGUAAAAUGGAUGUAAAAUGAUACACUAUGUGAUCAGAGGGCUGACGGGCUGAAGAUGUUAACAGUUUUGUACUGGAUGCUUAUACGAUAAAUAAUAAUAUUUGAGUGGAAGGUGAACUCAUUUCUGCAUGGAUCAUGUUGAAAUGAUUUCAUGGUACUGUUUCAAAAUGCAGCAGGGUAAAGGAAUAACCAUAACAUUAUAGUAAGCUACCUGUUAAUCACUUUCUGGUAAAAAAGUUUAACAUACCACAUUGUUACAAAAUGUAGCCUACUUUCUUAUUGAUCAAUGGUGGUUCACAUAAAAUAUUGAUUCCAAUCCAGUAUGAUAUUCUUGAUAUUUUUGUUUAUUAAAUCUUAUGAACUAGCUUUUUAAGGUUCCUUUAAUGAUUUUUAAUUGUUUCAAAUGCCUUUUUAGGAAUUGUGACUGUUUACUUUGGCAAGAAGUAUUAAAGGAUUUAUGGACAUGUUUUCAUCACUAAUGAAGUUGUGUUGUUCAAAGUAAAGGGGGAUGCCAGUGAUUUAGUACUGCACUUCUACAAAGUUGGAGGACUCACAAGAGACAGAGAAUUUAAAUCAAAACUGAAGCGGGCGGCAGAGGCCGAGAUUUGUCUGUAGUAUCAGUCAAGGUCCAAAGUUUUUCUGUCAAAAAAGAGAUAACCCUAAUGACAUUUUACAACUGUGUUCACAGGCUGAGUAGUUCUCCUUGUGAAGUAUACUCAACUUCAUGUGUAAAAUUGGUGGAGUGCCUCUUUAAGGACUAUGGGAAAUGUGCUCUGGUGAAAAUACAUCACAAUAUGAACAUUAAGACCAAGCGAUGUCAAUAAAUGGCAUUCUUUAAUACUUUCUUUGCUCACUAUUCUAUUUCAAUGACAUAAAAAACGAGUCGUAGUUAGUGCGACGCUCGAGUACUGAAAUGUAUAGGUUCAUAAUAAUCUGCUCAGCACUGUUACAAAGAAUUAAAGUGACAUUCACACAAUCAAAGUUUUCAAAGUACACCACAUUUUUGUGGCUGUAAAUUUCAGACUGAAAUGUAAAAUGUGUGAAACAGAUUGUUAAAUAAAUAACAUGCAGGCAGUAA